AUGAUGGAGUACGAGAUGAACGGGAAAAAGAGGAAAGUUCGAAACAGACAACAGCAACAACCAAAACCACAGUUCUUGUCUCUAAGGUAUCUAACAAUAUGCCUCUGUUGUUUCUUCGUCUUGCUCUUCUUCUUAUCCUCCAACCGAAUCUCUGUCCCUUCGGAUUCUCUACAACCGUCUCUUCGUGUCCCUGCUCUCUCCGUCUUAUCUUCAAUGGAACUUUCUUUCCACGGAAGAUUAUUCCCUCCGUUGAGAGUUGAAGACAGAGUCCAGUUCCCUGACCAUAUGCUUCUCAUUCUCUCGAGUAGAAUCGAGACACGUGUGAAAGACCUAGUUUGUGUUUAUCAUGGAGGAGGAAGAAAGGAAGAGACUUUGGCCUUGCAAUCGAUUUCUAGCGACGAACUCGAUGAGUUUAGAUCGAUAGUUCGGUGCCCUAAUGCUCCUUUGAACUAUUCUUCAUCUGUUGAUGUCCAAUUCCGUGGUGACUUGGUGAAGAAGAAACAGAGUCUCCCUGAUGAGAAGGUUCAUGAUUGGUCAAAAGUUAGUUACGAGGCGGUGGUUGACUCCGACGGGGACACGGUCGUUGUGUUUGUCAAAGGUUUGACUAGAAGACCUCACAAGGAGUCAGAUCCUUCCAACUACAAAUGCCAAUUUGAGACAACAAGUCUUGGAGUGUUGGUCACGCAAGCUCUUGCUGUAGCGCAAGAAGUUGUGAGGUGUGUUUUGCCAGAGAGUUUGAAGCUUAAUCAAGAGCCGUUUCGUGUAAGCGUAAUCCACGUGGAUCCUAGAGGAAGAUCUAAUCCUGCUUUACCAUCAGUUGCGAGAGUCUACGGUUCAGAUUCGGUUGAGAAGAAGAGUGGAGUGGUGAAGGUGAAGCAUGAGCUUUGUGUUUGCACAAUGCUAUGGAACCAAGCUCCUUCUUUACGUGAAUGGAUAAUGUAUCACUCGUGGCUAGGCGUCGAACGUUGGUUUAUCUACGACAACAACAGCGACGACGAUAUACAAGAAGAGAUUGAAUUGCUUAACUCAGAGAGUUACAACGUGAGUCGACACGUUUGGCCAUGGAUCAAGACACAAGAAGCUGGUUUCUCUCAUUGUGCGGUUAGGGCCAAAGAUGAAUGCAAAUGGGUCGGGUUUUUCGACGUGGACGAGUUCUACUACUUCUCUACGCAUCACUCUCAGGGUUUACCUAGCAAAAACGCUUUAUCCUCUCUUGUUUCUAACUACACUUCAUGGGGUUUGGUUGGAGAGAUAAGAACCGAAUGUCAUAGUUACGGUCCGUCCGGUUUAACCUCGGUUCCAUCACAAGGCGUGACGGUAGGUUACACUUGUAGACAAGCAUACCCGGAGAGACAUAAGUCUAUAAUCAGACCAGAAAUGUUAACGAGCUCUUUGCUCAACGAGGUUCAUCAUUUUCAGAUGAGGGAAGGGGUGGGGCAUGUGAGUUUGGUGGAGAGUGUUGCGGUGGUGAACCAUUAUAAGUAUCAAGUGUGGGAGACUUUUAAAGCGAAGUUUGAGAGGAGAGUGGCUACUUAUGUUGUGGACUGGCGAGAGAAUCAGAACCAAGGGUCUAAAGAUAGAGCUCCAGGGCUAGGGACAGAGGCGGUUGAGCCGGUGGAUUGGAGAAGACGGUUCUGUGAAGUGUGGGAUACUGGUUUGAAGGAUUUGGUUUUGUCUAGUUUUGCUGAUCAAGUGACUGGCUUCUUGCCUUGGCAGAGGCAAUAA